UCCUGCCAUUUCCACACAUGGGCUCCCUUCACUCCUGUUGAGUGCUGUUUCUGAAGCCUCACGCAAGCUUUGUAAUGAGUGCAGGGCAUUGAAAAAAAUAAUGACUUCAGCCCCAGUGCUAUCAUAUAUUUAGUCAAAUUUUAAUAAAAUGACAAAGAGGUGGACUCCAACUGAACCUUGAAAAUUGUGGGGUUUUUUUGCAAUGCUUUUAAAAACACAAGCGAGUUAUGGAAAGAAAUUGUCAACCAAAAAAUAAGUGCCUUUCCCUGAAAGCUUCGGUGUUUUCCCCCUCCCCCUUCUUAUUCGUGUCUCUCUGAUCGCUGCUGCGUUCUGUACGUCCAGUUAUAAAAGUGAAACAAAAGCAGGGAAAAAGCUCGCCAGGCUGCUUGCAUACAGACAGGCUCCAGUAUAUCGCUCGAAUCCGCUGCGCCCCGCCAAUACCUAGAGACGUCGGAGCCUCGUACACGUUCAAACUCAACGGGUACGGUUUUUAAAAUCUUCAAACAAUUCCGAAAUGAAAGUUAGGGCCAUCGGAUUAGCGUUUUACUCGCCACUUCAUGUUGAUUUGGCGCGGCUUGUGUAGAUGAUAAUUACGUCUUAUUACGAAAUACAAAGGGAUCCGAGAGCAGAUUACAAGAGAGCAAAGGUUUCUUUUGCCCGCUCUAAUCAAAGUGGUGGGAGCGCUGUGAUGGAGAGGGGUCUGUAGAACGUCAGAGGCACAGAACACAGGGGCUUUGCCACGUAAUUACAGGCUUGUAUUAGCAGAAUCUCGUCUCCCUGGGGUCGCCAAUUUUAAUUUAUUCGGCGCAAAACAAUCCCUGGACGGCACUCUGCUGGCUUUUGAAGUGCCAGAAAGGCCUUUUUUCUGCAAGGAGGAGAAGUACUGCACACUUCAGAGUUCCUCCCGCCUCGAGUCUUCCAGCAAAAAACGUUUUUUUUUCCCUCCUGUGUGUGUCUCCUUUUUAAACUAGAGUAAGUUGAGAAACCUCACUCAUACAUCUGCAAAACAUCAUUCUUUCUAAACUGAUGUCACCUAUGUGAGUCAAGGAGAAGGAAGGACAACUUCUCUUCAAGUUCCUCUGAAGUUGGCUAUGUGCUGCUGUUGCAUGGGCGUCGGAACAGCUAUCCACUUUAAGGAAAGUUUACUCAUUUUUUUAAUUGUUUAAAAACGUUUUGAGUUUCCCGGCGUGCGGUCCAAGUGUGUGGAGAUCUAUUUUCUGACAACAUUUGCCUAAACUGGAGACGAAGGGCGCCGCGGCUCGGAGGGUUGCUAGAAUUCGCAUAUAUUCGCAUUAAAAAAGAAAGAUCUAAGCCAUGAGCUCGAGUUAUCCCCAUGUAAUGGACAGACAGACUUCCUCUGUGCCCAGUCGCUUGGAGAACACUAUCACGGCCAACAUGGACAAUUUACAGUCCAAAAAGAAUUUCACGGUGAGUCACCUGCUGGAUCUGGAAGAAGUGGGGGAGAUGAACCUUCAGCAGGCCGACGAAAGUGUGAGUGAGACAGGCAGGAAACUGCUCGAGUCCCCGGCGGUGACCAGCGGCAGUGACACUCCCCAACAAGAAAGUGAUAAAAUAAACACAGAGCAGAAGAAGAAGCGGAAGCAAAGGAGGAACAGGACCACCUUCAACAGCAGCCAGCUGCAGGCCCUGGAGAGAGUCUUCGAGAGGACGCACUAUCCGGACGCCUUCGUACGUGAGGAUCUGGCCAGAAGAGUCAACCUCACCGAAGCUAGGGUCCAGGUUUGGUUUCAAAACAGAAGAGCAAAAUUCCGACGGAACGAGAGAGCCCUGCUGGCCAGUAAAAAUGCCUCUAUUCUCAAAUCAUACAGUGGGGAGGCGGUGGAACAGCCCAUGGCCCCGCGUCCAGCGCCCAGAGCCCAGGAUUACCUGUCCUGGGGAACGACAUCUCCAUAUGGACUCUAUACACUUGAGGAUCAGCCAUACCCUACUGCUAGUCUCUUUGGCCGUACAUCCUAUUGGACUCCAUAAGUCCCAUCCACAAUUCCUCUGUACACAAUGGUGCCAUGGCCACUUACUCCUCCUCUUGUGCUACCACCAACCCAACUCAAGGAAUGAAUAUGGCCAACAGUAUUGCAAACCUUCGUCUCAAGGCCAAAGAAUACAGCUUACAAAGAAAUCAGGUGCCCACCGUAAAUUGAGCGCCCUUCAUGGACUACAGCAACCAGAGGCCUGUCCGUCCAUUCCCUGCAUCCAGACAGCAUCAGCAAAAGGGCUCAAGGAAGGGACAAGAACACAACCUACAACAGCAACCAAAUCCCAAUACAACAGGCGAAUAAAAACAUGGACAC